AUGACACAUCAGGUAUUACAAUCAAGCAAAUACCUGGCAACGCAAUAUUUUGAAAAAAUCUCAAUAGCACUGGAGGCGAAGCCUUCAGAAGCCUGCACGCUGGACUUCUUCCCCUCAAUGGUUAUGUGGAGCUUUGCACGUAAGACAGGCGGAGACGAAAUUUUUCACGCCCCAAGGCUCGACCCGUCGUCCAAGGAGACGUCCAAGUUCCAAAGUCGGAAACACUUCCGCGGCUAUGUUGACAAUCUGUAG